AACUGGCCGAAAGCCAAAGCCCCCUAAAACCCCCCCUUGGUGCCAUCCGCCCUCCGCCGCCUGGCCCCUCCCCUCCCCUCCGCCUUCUCCUCCCCCGUUCCAUUCCAUUCCUCCCACCCACACCACCACCUCUCCCUCCCUCCCCAUCUCCUCCGCUUCCCGAGGCGGCGUGUCGCAGCCGCGGGGCGCCCGCCCAAUCGCCGCCCGUCCCUCCUCGAUGGCCACUUCUCUCCUCCACGCCUCCGCCCCGCUGCGGAGCAGCCCCACCCAGGUGGCCGCGGCCGCCUUCCACCCGCUCGCCUCCGCCCCGGCGUCCCUGCGCCUCGCGCGCUCCUCGUCCUCGUCGCGCCUCCGCCUCCAGGCCUCGUCCCUGGCGCUCUCGGCCGGCCACCGCUUCGACGGGAGGGGCGCGCCCCGGGGCCGCCGCGUCGUCGCCGCCUUCGCGGGGGAGGAAACCGAGGGUUCGGAGGCGGGUGAUGACAAGGAUAACGGCAAUGGGGAAAUAAAGCCCGAGGAGGCUCAGGAAGCUUGGAAGGUAAUGCUGGAGCAGUUCAAGGCUGAGGCCCUGCGAAUGCAGGCGCUCUCAAUGCAGGCGUAUGGUGAGUACUCCAAGAGGACAAGGGAGGUGCUGUUGGAGGCCGCUGAUAAGCUGAAGAUACAGGCAGAUAAGGCGCAGAAGGACCUGAGCGUGAUCGCUACAGAGGUUGGUCAGGAGGGACAAGAGUAUCUAACGAUGGCAGCCCAGAACUCCCCAGACUCGAUCAAGGAUAUCACAGCCACGUUCAGGGCUCUUGGAAACUUGAAUUGGCCAUCAGAGUAUGAGGAUUAUCAUGUGGGCAUUCCCUUCGGUACCUUUCUCACCGUAGGGGGUUUCCUCAACUUCAUGUUGACUGGAAGUACCUCUGCAAUUCGUUUUGGAAUUGUUCUUGGCUUUGCAUUGUUGGCUCUGGGUAUCUCAAGUUUGAGAUCACAAAGAGGAGGACGUCGGCCUCGUCUUCUGCUGAAAGGGCAAGCUGCUAUUGCUAGUAUCAUCUUCUUCAGGGAGUUUUCAGUUCUACUCAAGAGUUGCUGGUUCCCGAAAAUUUUCAUGGUCCUCCUCAGUGGCGUGGUGGCAGCCUUUUACUUUUACCGCAUUGCGUCCGGUGCUCCCAAAGAUCUCAGCAGCAAGAAUGAUUCUGCGAACUAAUGCACUGGUAUGAAUCAGAUGGCAUCCGGAAAGUUGGACUUGGAAGAUUAUGAAUCAGAUGGCAUCCGGAAACUUGGUGUCGUGUCUUAGUUGUCACAGCAUGGUGGCACAUGGAUUCAGAAGAACUGCCUGCUUACUCGGCCUCGUUGCCCGCAUUCCGUUCCUUUACUCAUGUAAUAUAGAUGGUAAGCCAGCAACAUUAAUAAAUGACCUUGAAAGGUCAUGAUGUAGGUAGCUGUUUCAGUUUGUCUGUUGUUUACUGCAUGGGGAAAUAGUUGCGCUGUAACGUGUUCAAUGUUUAGCGGAAACUGUCAAGCAGUAUUCUUUUAUGUAGUUUGUUGCUUGCAUUCAAUUACAUCUGGUGGAUGAGAAGUUGGUAACAAUCAGAGGCAUAUGACCCCUUCCUGCUCUA